AUGGCGGCAAGGCGCGUUUUGGAGUCAGCCGACUUUUUCUCAAAGGACAGUAUUUUUGGGUUCCAAACUCUCUCUUGGUUCAAACCGCUUGCGCAUAUUACCCAUGUCGUCGUGUGCUGUAACUUGGUAUUUGCGGCCACAACUUCAAACAAACUCGUAAUAGCUAGAGUCUUGGAUCGUAGUUAUGUCACAGAAAUUGAAAUUACGUCGCACUCCGAUGAUCGCGUGCACAAUCUCUUCGUGGAUCCACAUGGAUGUCAUAUUAUUAUCAGCAUGCAAUCGGGAGUGAAUUUAUAUACUACAAGGAAGUGCAAGAAACUUAAGCAGGUUCAGAAAGCUAAGGAUCUUUUGAUUGAUUCAGUCGCCUGGAAUCAGUUUAACGAGAGUGAUACAACCACACAAGAAAUCCUUAUUGGUACAAACGAGGGCAUUAUUUUUGAAGCGAUGCUAUCAAGUUCCGAGGAAUUCUUGGGUUCUUUAAGCUGUACAGUGCUUUGGAAAGAACUUAUACGACUGGACCAGAGUAUUACUGGUUUAGUUGUCAUUCGCUAUCCACCAGGAUCUGCGCUUGUACCCGCAGGAGAACUGCAGCUCUGCGCUGUGCUUGCGUCUACACCUGGUCGGCUUUAUCAGUUUUUCGGUCGCAUGCAAUCAUCUGAUCUCGGUUCCGCCUGCCGCUACAUAAGCGCCACAGCUCUACGUGAAGGAUACAUACCUGGUUUCUAUGCACCUGUGUUUGCACCUUAUUCGCAAAACCUAUCAGGUGCCAAGUUUAUCGAAUUUCCAGUCUCAUACGGAUACAGUGAUCUUAAAGUGUUUCACAAGAAGGGCGAAGAAGUUCCAAGCCAAUUUGCCUGGAUGACAGCAUCAGGCAUAUACUUCUGCCAAUUGGAUCCAACUCGCCUGAUCGACUCAGAGGUGAUAUCCAGUGCUAGUGAUCUGAUGACGCCUCUGCGAAUUUCUCUAGCAAGCCAUGCCAAAUUGAUUCCCUAUCCCACGAUGGCGGGGGAGUUAGCCAGUCUGCCCCUAUGCAUAUCUCUCAUGGAGUUCCAUGUUGUCAUCGCCUAUGCGGAUCGUGUCAAAGCCGUUAAUCUGCUCGACGAUCAACCCGUUUUCUCACAAAGUAUUCGUGACGUCCUCGGUGGCACGCAGUUGAGUGGCGUAUGCAGAGACCCAGAAGAGGACCGUCUUUGGCUUUACAGCAGUACGGCUCUCUGCCAGCUUACUGUAGAUCGCGAAGAUUGGCGUAUUUGGAGAAUACACCUGGACCGGCAAGAAUUCAAGGAGGCUCGAAAGUAUUGCAAGACAUCAGAACAAUUGGACGUAAUUGUUUCCCAGGAGGCGGAGUUCUAUUUCGCACAUGGCGAAUAUGUAAAAUCGGCGGAGUUAUUUGCUGAAACUUCGACGCCGUUUGAGGAGAUAGCUCUUCGUUUCAGUCAGAUUACAGCUCUAUCUGCUGCAAAUUAUGGGGACACUGAGGGUGGAAACGUGGCGGCCGCUAUCGCCUUAACCGAAGAUUAUGAGGUGAUCGAUGAACAGGAGGGGAGGAGUGAUGGAGAGGAAGUGGAAGAUAGCAGGAUCCCCACCAAUACUGCCUCUUCAUUCGGCAUGACUUUUCGGCUCCUCACGUCCUGCACACCCCUGAAGGUCUUUCUUCGAACGAAACUGAAACUUCUUGAAGGCGAGACCAAUGACAGACUGAUGACCGUCAUAGCCCUCUGGCUAAUCGAACUGCUACUGGGAGAAAUCGGCCUCUUGGAGGAUAAAUGCGCUAAACCUGAUGCACCUAGUGUGAGAUAUGAGGAGUUGGCCAGCGUUCGAAAUGAGUUUCGUCUUCUCGUCACAUCGUCCAAAGUUUCGAAGAUCCUGUCGAAGUGCAAGGAUGUAAUCUAUAGUCUACUAUCAAGUCAUGGGAAUUCUGAUGACUUUGUGUUUUUCGCUAAAACGAACGGGGAUUACGAUCGUCUGAUCGACCAUUACAUGUCACGAGGCGCCUAUGCGGAGGCGCUUUUCGUUUUCACCACCCACCCUUCUUGUGCAGCGAAGCUGUAUCAAUACAGCGCCCAGUUGGCUCCCUGUGAGCCGAAAAUGCUUGUCGAUGCCUGGAUUUCCGCUGGACGGCGUUUGUGUCCUUGUUUUGUGCCCUUUAAUUGUACUUACUACGCUGGGAUUAGUGUUGCGUGCUUUUGCUGUAGACUUCUCUCUAGCCUAUUGCUGCUUCUGCCCGGUGAGGCUAUUCGUUACUUGGAGUUUGCGCUUGAUCAAUUGCAAUGUCAAGAGCAGGCAAUACAUCACCAGCUCAUUCACCUAUACGCCAGCCUUCCUGACUCCACUGCAGACACGCGUCUUCUGACCUACCUGAAGAAGUACACCCCAUCCAAUCUUUGCGGGGUCUUUGUGGAGGUACUUGGUGGUCUUGGUACAACGGACAAUAUGUCCAAAACACUUUCUUCAGCAUAUACUACUCUAGAGCCCGGUCUGCCAUAUGAUCCUGGUUUCGCAAUUCGAACUUCCAUGGAGAAAGGCUGUUUAAGAUCAACUGUGUUUUUGUUGCAGUCGUUGGGACUUUUUGGUCAGGCAAUCGAAGAGGCUCUUUCAAAGAAUGACAUCGCUUUGGCUAAGGAAAUAGUUAAGUCAAAUAUUCUCGGAAUCGAUGCGCAACGCGCUCUCUGGCUGCGCAUAGCUCGUCAUGUUGUUACCGAUCAAAGUAGCCCACAGGAGGCGACGGCUCUGCUUCAGGAGUCUUCUCUCCUUCGUUUGGAAGACGUAUUUCCACUCUUCCCUGAUUUUGUCACUAUCGAUGAGUUUCGGGAGGUAAUAUGCGAAUCGCUCGAUGCCUACAAUUCUCAAAUUGAGCAGCUGAAGGUGGAGAUGCGGUCGACUGUGGAGAGUACCAAUGAGAUUCGCACCCAACUCCAUGAAUAUAAGUCUCACUACGAAAUCAUUCCAGAGAAUGCUCGUUGUUCUCACUGCCUACACUCAAUCUCUCUACGCACAUUUUAUGUGUUUCCUUGUGGUCAUUUCUUCCACACAGACUGUCUCUUGAACUUGGUCCGGCCACUCCUGACUCCCGGUGAUGCCGGGAGGCUGGCUGAACUCUGUACGAAAGCAGAAACUGACGCCGCGGUUAUUCAGUCAUUUCGGUCUCAGUUUGAUGAACUGGUCGCCGCUGAUUGCGCUCUUUGUGGAAAGGUUGCUAUCGAUAGUGUUAGUCGUCUCUACUUUUCCGAUGCCAAGGAAUAUGAAAGCGAACAGAAAAUCUGGCUUACAUCUUGA